AUGGAGAUUUACCUUCAAACUCAAGGCACCAGAGUUUAUCGUACUGUCCUUACUGGAUGGAGCCCUCCGACAGUUCAGAAUACUGAUGGAACCGCUGAGAUCAAACCUAUAGAGACAUGGACUGAACAUGAGAUGUUGUCCUCUGAUAUGAAUAAUAAAGCACUGAAUUCUAUUGUAGGAUAUCUACAUGAAUCAGUUUUCACUUUGGUUACAGGAAUAAAAGAGGCAAAACGUGUAUGGGAAAUCCUUGAAACCAGAUUUGAGGGCACCAGUGAUGUCAAGCAGUCAAAGCUCCAGAUGGUCCUAUCAGAAUUCGAAGCUCUCACGAUGAGUGAAGAAGAACCUAUAUCUAACUUCCACAGUCGUGUUCAGAAUUUGAUGAACAGAGCAUCAGUACUUGGGGAACCGUUUAUAGAUGAAAGAGUUGUCAAGAAGAUCCUUCGUUCUCAAUCCAAACGAUUCCGAAUGAAAGUGACUGCAAUUCAGGAAAACACAUGCUGGGAGAAGAAGAGUGUAGGAGAGCUUAUGGGGAAUCUGCAUACUUAUGAACUUCAGGUGUUGGCUGACGAUCCUAAAAUACUGGAAGGUUUUAAUCGAAGGAGUCAAGGACAGCCUAACAGAACUCAGUACAAAAGUGGAACCUCCGCAUAUCAGAAAUCAGAACUGUCCUCUUUCACAAAGACCAGUCAGUCCCAGACUGGACAAGCAAGAAAGAAAUCUAUGUUUGUGUCUACCCUAAGUGAUGAUGAAGAGGAAACAAUAGAUGACCCGUCUGAUGAAAAUGUUGGAAACUUCGUAGCCUUCUUCACAACAACAGAGGUUCAAUCAGAAGGAGAUGAAACUGAUAGUGAAACUGAUGAUUUUGAAGAGCGACAUGUUCAGCUAGAGAUGGAAUUUGCCAAACUGGUUGGUAGUUGGGAAGAACUAGUGAAAAUCAACAAGAAUUUGAAUGAAGAUCUGAAAAACCGAGAUGAGCUACUGAAGAAACUGAACACUGAAUUAGUAACGAAAGAUGAUCUUAUUGCUCAGAUCAGAUCUCGAGAGGGGAAGCUGAUAAAGGAACUGGAGGAUCUUAAGAAAACUAUCAAGAUGAUGGAUACCACUUCAACCUUAGACAAAAUUCUGGAUUCAGGUCGAAAUCCUAACGAUAAAAAAGGUCUUGGAUUUGAACGUGGACAGUCCUCUAUGUCUGCUCCUGUUUUUAUCAAAGAAGGUUCAUAUGGUGGUGGUUCAGUUCUCUGUCAUGAACGGGGUCAAUCAUCAAUAUCAACUCAAUUCUAUCAGAAAGGAAGAAUGUCUACUUUGAUCACUGAGACUGAACCUAGCAGAGUCAAAUUUCAGUCUCAACACUCAAAGGUUAAGACUAAGUAUGUUAAAGUCAAACAGUAUGUAUCCGUUUGUCACUAUUGUCUGACAAAAGGGCACACCAGACCUGAAUGCUACUUUUUCUACAGAGAACAAAGGAAGGAAAAAUAUCAAAACAAGUCUAUCACACCUUUCACAAGGCAAGUUUGGGUGAGAAAAUCAGAAGUAAUCUGCUAUCCCACAAUAGUACACACUGCCUCUAUGACUGAAGCAAGAUGGUACUUCAACAGUGGCUGUUCUAGACAUAUGACUGGGAAUGUCAAGUGGCUUAUGUUUGUUCAACCUAGUAGUGGAUCAGUGACGUAUGGGGACGGACAAAAGGGAAAUAUAGUUGGUAAAGGUAUUCUAAAUGUGCCGGGGCUGCCACAUAUGGACGAAGUCCUCUUGGUCAGUGGCCUGAAAGCAAACCUUAUUAGUAUUAGUCAGCUGUGUGAUCAGAAUUGGAAUGUGUGUUUCAACCGAGACUGCUGUAGGGUCCGUGAUAACGCAGAUCAAGUGGUAAUGGAAGGAACUCGUUCUUUUGACAAUUGCUAUGUUUUAACAAUUGAUACUACCUGUUUUAUGUAUAAAGCAGACGAAUCAAAACUGUGGCAUGGACGUUUGGGGCAUGUAAAUUUUAGAGAUAUGGACAAAGUGAUCAAACUUGAUGCUGUUCGAGGGAUACCAAAGCUUAAAAUAGAACAGGAAGGAGUUUGUGGUGCAUGUGCUAUUGGAAAACAAAUCAGGGCUCCCCACAAAGCAGUAAAAAUGAUUACUACUGAGAGAUUUCUAGAACUGGUUCAUAUAGACCUUAUGGGACCAACUCAAACUGAAAGCAUUAGAGGAAAGAAAUACAUCUUUGUAAUAUACAAUGAAAAUGACGAACCCAUUGUAAAAAUCCAAAGGCUGAGAAGUGAUCAUGGAAAGGAGUUUGAGAACACCUUGUACUCAGAUUUCUGUUCAGAAAAUGGGAUAGCUCAUGAAUUCUCUGCUCCACUAACGGCACAACAGAAUGGCGUUGUGGACAGGAAGAAUCGAACCUUGCAAGAAAUGGCGAGAGUAAUGCUACAAGCCUCACAUCUGCCUCAACGUUUCUGGGCUGAAGCAGUGCAUACUGCCUGUCCUACAGUCAAUGGAGUCUAUCUUAGACCCGGUACCUCUCAGACAUCAUACGAGAUAUGGAAAGGAAAAAAGCCGAACUUGAAAUACUUUCAUGUGUUUGGAACCAAGUGCUAUGUUCUAAUUGACCGGGAACAAAGAGGAAAGUUCGAACCCAAGAGUGAUGAGGGAGUAUUUCAUGGAUACUGA